AGAGCUUAGUGUUACAGAAUAUCACUGACCUUGAACAAGAUGAAAAAGCUGCCUGAGCAGAUCCUGAAUCACAUCCUGGAGAUUCUCUACCUGCUGACGGGAGAGCGUAUGACUAACUCACUGACAGCGAGUCACAUGACCGGGGACAAGAUGACAACAGAGAGGAUACUGACCCACAUGCUGCAGAUCAUUUACCUGCUGACAGGGGAGGUGCCUAUAAAGUGUGAUGAUGUUGCUGUGUAUUUCUCUAUGGAGGAGUGGGAGUAUAUAGAGGGACACAAGGAGCUUUACAAGGACGUCAUGAUGGAGACUCACCAAGCACUAAGGACUAUGGAGAUACCAGGAAAUGAGAGCUCAGAACUAACAGAUCACAGAGAUGAAAAUCUAGACACAGGAGCACUUAGAGAACUUGCACAGAAUAUUCAGCCAGUGAAGACCCCAUCAGAUGUUACUGCAGGUGAUGGUAAUAUUGAAGUCGCACUUAAUACUGAACAAACAAAUAAUCUGUAUGUAAAGAGUCAGCGGGAAGCUGCUAAGCAGGAAAUCAGUGACAAUAUCAGUACAGGUGAAUAUGAUGCUGUGAUUUCCUGUAAUUCAGAAGAAACACAAAGUCAGUGGCUAAGAAAUAUGACUGAAGCGCUAAAGGGCACAGGUGAUGUUAAGACUGAAGUUACACUUAAUGCUGAACAAACAAAUGAUCUGUAUGUAAAGAGUCAGCAGGAAGCUGUGAAGCAGGAAAUCAGUGACAAUAUCAGUACAGAGCUAACAGACCACAGAGAUGAACAUCUAGACACAGGAGCACUUAGAGAACUUGCACAGAAUAUUCAGCCAGUGAAGACCCCAUCAGAUGUUACUGCAGGUGAUGUUAAUAUUGAAGUCACACUUAAUACUGAACAAACAAAUAAUCUGUAUGUAAAGAGUCAGCGGGAUGCUUCUAAGCAGGAAAUCAGUGACAAUAUCAGUACAGGUGAUUAUGAUGCUGUGAUUUCCUGUAAUUCAGAAGAAUCACAAAGUCAGUGGCUAAGAAAUAUGACUGAAGCGCUAAAGGGCACAGGUGAUGUUAAGACUGAAGUUACACUUAAUGCUGAACAAACAAAUGAUCUGUAUGUAAAUAGUCAACUGGAAGCUGUGAAACAGGAAAUCAGUGACAAUAUCAGUACAGGUGAAUUCACAAACUGUUACAAUCAAAGUCAUGGUCAGAGUGCUGAUGUUUCGUUCAAUUUUCUUCAAAUUCAAAGUAGUCAUGUAGUAAAUUUAUGUCCUCAAUGUGGAAAAUGUUUUGCCAAGAAAUCAAAUCUUAUUGGCCAUCUGAAAACUCAUACAGGAAAUAAAGCUUUUUCAUGUUCUGACUGUGGGAAAUGUUUUACUCAAAAAUCAACUCUUAUUAGGCAUCAGAAAAUUCAUACAGGGGAGAAAGAUUUUUCAUGUUCUUACUGUGGAAAAUGUUUUGCUCUCAAAUCAACUCUUAUUAAACAUCAGAAAAUUCAUACAGGAGAGAAAGCAUUUUCAUGUUCUGACUGUGAGAAAUGUUUUAUUCUGAAAUCGGAUCUUAUUAGGCAUCAGAAGAUUCAUACUGGAGAGAAAGCAUUUUCCUGUUCUGAAUGUGGGAAAUGUUUUACUUGGAAAUCAACUCUUGUUCAUCAUCAGAAAUUUCAUAGAGGGGAAAAAGCAUUUUCAUGUUCUGACUGUGAGAAAUGUUUUAUUCUGAAAUCAGAUCUAAUUAGGCAUCAGAAAAUUCAUACAGGAGAGAAAGCAUUCUCCUGUUCUGACUGUGGGAGAUGUUUUACUCUAAAAUCAAAUCUUAUUAAGCAUCAGAAAAUCCAUAUAGGAAAAAAGGCAUUUUCUUGUUCUGAAUGUGGCAAAUGUUUAACUCGAAAAUCACAUCUUAUUAAACAUCAGAAGAUUCAUACUGGAGAGAAAGCAUUUUCAUGUUCUGACUGUAAGAAAUGUUUUAUUCUGGAAUCAGAUCUUAUUAGGCAUCAGAAGAUUCAUACUGGAGAGAAAGCAUUUUCAUGUUCUGACUGUAAGAAAUGUUUCUCUUGGAAAUCAGCUCUUCUUCAUCAUCAGAAAAUUCAUACAGGAGAAAAAGCAUAUUCAUGUUCUGACUGUGAGAAAUGUUUUAUUCUGAAAUCAGAUCUAGUUAGGCAUCAGAAAAUUCAUACAGGAGAGAGAGAAUUUUCCUGUUUUGACUGUGGAAGAUGUUUUACUCUAAAAUCAAAUCUUACUAAGCAUCAGAAAAUCCAUACAGGAGCAAAGCCAUUUUCCUGUUCUCAGUGUGGCAAAUGUUUAACUCGGAAAUCACAUCUUAUUACUCAUCAGAAAAUUCAUAUUAAGGAAAAUCAGAGCUUAACCCUGUUAAGUUCAGAUUGUGACAUAUAGGUAUCCACAUUAUAGCUUACUUUUUGACUUUUUUAAGUUCCCUCUGCACCUUAAAUUGUUAUGAGGUGGCCCAGUCUGCUCGUCAUCCCUGGGGGAUCCAAGGUCCCUAUAUAGGUUUGAAUAUUAAGGUGAUAAACUGGCAUAAAAUGUGCUUUUUUGCAUAGAGGUUCAUGGGAGGGAGCCCCUAUGUGUAGUUCAAAGUUAUAUAAAUAUACCCAAAGGCCCUUAUUUGUAUGUUAAGCCUUUUUUUAAAAAAAAAAUAUAGGUACUGUUGAGGGCAUUAUAAUCAGGUGAUCACUGAGGUGACAGCAUUUUCCUAGCUGGAAUUUAAAUUGACCAGUUGCAUAGAUGUAUAGGGCGAGUUCUUACAUUAACAUCAAAAGUGCAAGAGGCCUCCAAAAUCCUGAUAAAGAGUCAUGUCCUUGAAACGCUUUGUGUUUCUGUUUAGUCUGGACAAGAAUUUAGAGAAAUUCUAAGUCUUACUGGGCAAGUAUUUUUGCUUUUUGGUAGUGCUGGGAAGUGACUAUUGUUUUUGUUUUACCAAUAAUAUGAUAGCCUAUGGACAAUUGUAAUUGUAUCUUAAAUGUUAUGUUUUAUUGUAUUUGUAAAAAUAAAUAAAUACAUUUUUGGAUCUUUAA